CUCUCUGGAGCUUGUGUUGACCACGCUGGGAGCCAUGGCCACUGUUCAAACCGAAUCCCCGAGUCUGGUUCUGAAGCGACCCACCGGGACCUCGAACACCGACCUACUCGAACGAAUCGUUAACCGGACCACGCUGUCGACGCAGCGGGCGACGCACCGACACAUACUGGUGAUUGCAGAUAAAUUCCAGAAAACUAAGAAAAAGAAGAAGACUGCGCCCGUGUGUGGGGGCGAGCAGGAGCGAGGCGCGCUCCCUGAGCACGAGGAAGAGGAGGGCUCAGAGGCAAGCGCCCUCUGCAGGCUGGAGGAGGAAUUGCAGGAGCUGAGAGCCGGCGCUGAGCGGGAGAGAGAGCUUGCCAUGCAACAGCAGAAACAGGUUCUGGAGGCUCGGUUCCAGGAGGUUCUACUGAACAGAGACCGCUUGGAGGAGGAGAGGCUGCACCAGCUCUCCCAGAGGCUGAGGUUAGAGGCAGUGGAGGCAGCGCAAGUCCUGGAGGAGAGGCAGAGGGAGGACGAGAGGCGAGCAGUGCAGGACGCCUGCCGGGCUCUAAGGCUGCAGCUUGCAGAGGAGGCGGAGGCAGAGAAGCAGAGGGAGGUGCGGAGGGUGCUAGCAGAGGCACAGGCUGAGUUUGCACUGCGACAGAGCGAAGCCGAGGAGGCGGUCAGACAAGACUGCAAGAGAGAGGGAGCACUGGAGAGAGAGAGGCAGGAGGAGAGACACAGAGAGGAGCUCCGGCUUCUGGCAGGGGAAAUAUCUGGGCUCAGACAGCAGCUCUGCGGAGUGACGAGGGAGAAGAUGGAGUACGAGAAGGCGUUUAAGGAGGUCCAGGUGAAUUACAGGCGCUUCAUUGACCUCACGGACUCCAGCCUGCACUCCGAUUACCUGCUGGAGCUGCGGGCCCUGGGGAGGCCAGCGGGACUGUCAGAGCGCGGGGUCCAGACCGACGAGAUCUCCACCCCACAGACACAGCCUGGAGCCACUCCAUAGGGAACGCAUUGCAAACCAACCAUGCUUCCCUAUGCUUUACCAGACCUGUGCUAUACAAUGCUUCCCUAUGCUUUAUCAUACCUCUCUGUGCUUUA